AUGGGGCUCAAGGCGCGCAGGGCGGCGGGGGCGGCCGGAGGCGGCGGCGGCGGGGGCGGCGGAGGCGGCGGAGCUGCUGCUAACCCAGCCGGCGGGGACUCGGCGGCGGUGGCCGGCGACGAGGAGCGGAAAGUGGGGCUGGCUCCGGGGGACGUGGAGCAAGUCACCUUGGCGCUCGGGGCCGGAGCCGACAAAGACGGGACCCUGCUGCUGGAGGGCGGUGGCCGCGACGAGGGGCUGCGGAGGACCCCGCAGGGCAUCGGGCUCCUGGCGAAGACCCCCUUGAGCCGCCCAGUCAAGAGGAACAACGCCAAGUACCGGCGCAUCCAAACUUUGAUCUACGACGCCCUGGAGAGACCGCGGGGCUGGGCGCUGCUCUACCACGCGCUCGUGUUCCUGAUUGUCUUGGGGUGCUUGAUUCUGGCCGUGCUGACUACCUUCAAGGAGUACGAGACAGUGUCUGGAGACUGGCUUCUACUGCUGGAAACAUUUGCUAUUUUCAUCUUUGGAGCUGAGUUCGCUUUGAGGAUCUGGGCUGCAGGAUGCUGCUGCCGAUACAAAGGCUGGCGGGGAAGGCUGAAGUUUGCCAGGAAGCCCCUGUGCAUGUUGGACAUCUUCGUGCUGAUUGCCUCGGUGCCAGUGGUUGCUGUGGGAAACCAAGGCAAUGUUCUGGCCACUUCCCUGCGAAGCCUGCGCUUCCUGCAGAUCCUGCGGAUGCUGCGGAUGGACAGAAGAGGUGGUACCUGGAAGCUCCUGGGCUCAGCCAUAUGUGCCCACAGCAAAGAACUCAUCACAGCCUGGUAUAUCGGUUUCCUGACGCUCAUUCUGUCUUCAUUUCUCGUCUACCUGGUGGAGAAAGAUGUGCCAGAGGUGGAUGCACAAGGCGAGGAGAUGAAAGAGGAGUUUGAGACCUAUGCAGAUGCCCUGUGGUGGGGCCUGAUCACAUUGGCCACUAUUGGCUAUGGAGACAAGACACCCAAAACCUGGGAAGGACGUCUGAUUGCUGCAACCUUUUCCUUAAUUGGUGUCUCCUUUUUUGCCCUUCCUGCAGGCAUCCUGGGGUCAGGACUGGCACUCAAGGUGCAGGAGCAGCACCGUCAGAAGCACUUUGAGAAGAGAAGGAAACCAGCUGCUGAGCUCAUCCAGGCUGCCUGGAGAUAUUAUGCUACCAACCCCAACAGGAUGGACCUGGUGGCAACCUGGAGAUUUUAUGAAUCAGUUGUCUCUUUUCCAUUUUUCAGGAAAGAACAGCUGGAGGCAGCAGCCAGCCAAAAGCUGGGUCUCUUGGAUCGGGUUCGCCUUUCUAAUCCUCGUGGUAGCAAUACUAAAGGAAAGCUGUUUGCCCCUCUGAAUGUAGAUGCCAUAGAAGAAAGCCCACCCAAAGAGCCAAAGCCUGCUGGCUUAAACAACAAAGAACGUUUCCGCACCGCCUUCCGCAUGAAAGCCUACGCUUUCUGGCAGAGUUCUGAAGAUGCGGGGACAGGGGAUCCCAUGGCUGAAGACAGGGGCUAUGGGAAUGACUUCCUCAUGGAAGACAUGAUCCCUACCCUGAAGGCUGUCAUCCGGGCUGUCAGAAUUCUACAAUUCCGUCUCUAUAAAAAAAAGUUCAAGGAGACUUUGAGGCCUUAUGAUGUGAAGGAUGUGAUUGAGCAGUACUCUGCAGGACAUCUCGACAUGCUUUCCAGGAUAAAGUACCUUCAGACAAGGAUAGAUAUGAUUUUCACCCCUGGACCACCAUCCACUCCAAAACAUAAGAAGUCUCAGAAAGGGUCAGCAUUCACCUACCCUUCCCAGCAGUCUCCCAGGAAUGAACCAUUUGUAGCCAGAACAUCCACAUCAGAAACUGAAGACCAAAGCAUGAUGGGAAAGUUUGUAAAAGUUGAAAGGCAGGUACAUGACAUGGGGAAGAAGCUGGACUUCCUGGUGGACAUGCAUAUGCAGCACAUGGAGCGCCUGCAGGUGCACAUCCCGGAGUGCUACCCCCCCAAGGGGACCGCCUCACCAGCAGACGGGGAGAAGAAAGACGACAGCAGGUAUUCCGACUUGAAAACCAUCAUCUGCAAUUAUUCUGAGACAGGCCCCCCUGAGCUCCCCUACAGCUUCCAGCAGGUGCCCAUCGACACAGUUGGUCCCUAUACAUUUUUUGCACAUGACCCUGUGAACCGGCCCCGAGGAGGACCCAGUUCUGCAGAGGUCCAAGCUGCCCUUCCCUCCUCGGGAGGCACGUACGCAGAGAGGCCCACGGUCUUGCCUAUCUUGACUCUUCUCGACUCCCACGUGAGCUACCACUCCCAAACGGAACUCCAUGGCCUCUACUCGGACCACGUCUCACCCAGGCAAAGACGCAGUGUCACCAGGGACAGCGACACGCCCCUGUCCCUGAUGUCAGUCAAUCACGAGGAACUGGAGAGGUCUCCGAGUGGCUUCAGCAUCUCCCAGGACAGAGAUGAUGAUUACAUGUUUGGCCCCAGUGGGGGGUCGAGCUGGAUGAGGGAGAAGCGGUACCUGGCUGAGGGUGAGACCGACACGGACACAGACCCCUUCACACCCAGCGGCUCCAUGCCUCUGUCCUCCACCGGGGAUGGCAUUUCAGAUUCUAUAUGGACUCCUUCCAGCAAGCCCACUUAGAAGGGGUCACUGGCUGACUCCUCUUCGUACUGUCCAUAGACUUUGUAUAGUCCACUUAACUCUCACACCCAGCGCUUAUGGGGAGGACUUCUGUGGUUGUGUCAAGCGCAUGCAUGUGCGUGGUGGCCCCCUUACAAGCAGGGGCUUCUCACGGCCUUCUUCCUUCCCAUGUCACCACAAUGAAGCCGCUUCCUUUCCAGCAUGGUUUGCAUGACUUGGCACUAUGUAAACGGCACCACUAGUCUCUCCCAGGAUACACAGCUAUGUGCUGUUCCUUUAAUCACGAGUGGACCAGCGCAGGGAGAAUAAUUGACGAGCCGUGCUAUUUGUUUGCCUGGCAGGUUUAGAUUUUGAUUUGUAAGCAGAGAGUGUAGUUUCAGUUAUUUCUAGGAUUGCUUCCCCUUUGCAUACAAUGCUCCAGUAGUUAACUGUUUUCUAAACCAAUGAAAUAAUCUUUUCAACCAAAACAUUAUCUCAUUCCAAUGAGGCUGCCUACGGAGACUGAGCAACCAUGAGAAAAGGAACAAGUCAUGCAAUCCCUAAAGUCAAGAAUUUGGCAAUUAUCUUAUGAUGCAAAAUCUAGAAAAAUCCCCUGAGAACUCACCUGGCCUACCAUUGGUCAGUACCGAACCUCACUUUCCUCAUCUCUAAAAGGUGUUCAUGAUCCCAACUGUAGGAGCUCACAUAUCUUAUGAAUUGUUGGAGAGAAAUCCCUCUCUCUCUCUCUCUCUCUCUCUCUCUCUCACCACAAACAAAAAAUUAAAAUAGUUCCCAACUUAUGUAGCCAAAGAUUUACCUGAAAUGGGGUUCCUCUCUGGGCAGGAGCUUCAGUGUCUUCAAAAUGAGAUUACAACUCACUCUUCCCAUGAUACUUAAGAACACUAUAUCCAUUCAAAGCAGGAAUUCAAAUUAAGAGAUAUUAUCUUUGCCAAGCCCUUCUAUUUCAAAAUGAGAAAUCUUGGGCUCAAGUAAAGUGAUGUGCCGGAGUUACUUAGGUGUAUCAUGGACAGUAAGGACUCAGUGCCUCCAUCUGCUAAUUCCCUCCCUGCCCUGGCAUCUUGUACCACUCUUCCAUUUGUACACUGAGACUAUAAAUCAUUCCAAAUCACCAUUGCUCUUUGUUAACAGGAAGCAGUUCCUACAGUUUAUUCAGAGGGAGGGGUAAUUUCUGCUUUUACUGCAAAGCGUGCUUGCUUAACACACUACAUUUGGGAUCUAGAAAAAAUAAUCCAAGCAAUCCAGUUGUUGAUAGGCAAAUAGGCAAAAUUUCCAGAACCAUGUACUUUUACUCCUCUGAAUUUUUUUCAACAAAAGCCACACAAAGCUGUAAGCUAAAUUGUCAGUCAACAACCUGGAAAGCCCUGCUCUGCUGCAGAAGUGUUAAUGUUAAGCACAAGCCACCCUAUGGCCUCUUAAGAGCUGUUGCUGCUCAAUGAAACAAUGAUGCAAAAGGUUGUUACACUUUGGCUGCAUGAGCUAGAUGCCCAUACCAUGGUAUUGCUCUCUCAACCCUGUAAGCAGCUAAACAUGGUUGUAGAUGGUUGCCAUGGUUACCACCAAGAUGAUGGAAGUAGCCUAAAUACACAUUUUUACACAACUGCCACUGAUGAAAUUACUCAGUGUUAUGGGCCAUGGUUACCUUGGAAAACAUUAUUUCCUCAUGCUACUGUUCUGCCCUGGACUGAUCAGAGAAUUCUUAGUGAUUGGUUCCUUUCAAUCCACAUGCCAGUAGGUCCUGAGAAUUUAGUAAUGAUGCAAACUUAGUGCCUGACUAUAGGAACUUAAAACCAAAGGCUACACUUCCAUGCCAGGGGUGACUAUGGUAAAUUAUAGAAGAAUAUCCUAGAUAGAGGGUUUAGUGAAUAGAUUGAUGGACACUGACCUUGAAGUCCAAGGCACAAGGAAUAUGGACAUAUUGGAUGCAAAGCUCUCUCCCUAUGUUUUUCCAUUUGACCUGACAAUUGGAAAGGCAAAGGCCACAGACCAUGUGGUCUUCUUCCCCUCCUCUAUUCAAUAUCACUUCAGUAAUGCCAUUGAAGCUAUCAUCUAAAUAACCUUAUGCCUCUUCCCAGUGGCUUUUUUCUUGAAUCUGAUCUUUCUAGAAUAUUUCACUAGAAAUGACUAUGACAUCUACCAUCUAACAUGUUACUAGUCCAGUUCUUAUGUGUAUGAGAUAUUGAAAACAAGCAAAAGAUUGAGAAUGAAUCAAACUCUCUACAUAUGCACUCAUUUAUUCCUAACAUUAACAUUCUUUCAGAACCUUCUAUAAUCAUAUUGAGUCCUCUGAAUAAUGUACAAAGAAGUGAAGCUUACAUUUCUUAAGCCUUAGGUGAAUAAUCUUGCUUCCCUGUGGGAUCAGUGUCAUGGAAGCAAGAAUUGGCUGUGUGUCCUUGUUUCCAAUAUCUAGUAAGUUGUCUGUAUCAAGAACAGCAGAGACAAAAAUACAAAUUUUAUAAAUGAAUAAUGAUAAGAACUUUGAGAGAAGUUCUUUCUUAUCUAAAAAUAAUGGGAAAGAGAAAGGUGAUGUAGAAUAGUUCUGGUACUAGGUUAUAUAUAUGGGGAAGGACAAACCUGUUCACAUCAUCUACUCAUAGACUAUAAGACCAACAUGGCUAGCAUUGAAGAAGCAGAAGUUCAGAAUUUGAGGUUGAGCCUGACAGUUUGUGAUUCCAUAAAUAUCUGUAAUCAAAGAAAUAUUAUGAUGUAAUAAUCCAACAGUAUUGGCUGACAUUUCCCCAGAUUAUAAACUAUACUAGUGUCUCUGCAACUUGCUCAGGAAAUAAUAGUGGUUUUUGGCAGAAACCCUUGAAAUUGUGAUGAAUUUUAUCAUAUAAAUGAGGAUUACUUUUCUGAAACAAUUCUCUAUCUCUCUCCAUAUAUAUAUAAUUUAAGCAAUGGGCCUAGAGUUAUAACUCAGUAGUAGAGUACUUGCCUAUUAUAAAAAAAAAUCCCUGGCUUUGAUCCCCAGUACCACACACAAAACCACACACACACACACACACACACACACACACACACACACUACAAAUUAACAAGUAAUACUUUAGCAAGAUCAAAUUCAAUGAGAAUGAGAUUAAUUAAUUUUACAAACACAAAUGUAAAGGUAAUCCCUAUUGGGCAGAGAUAAAAAAUACUUGAGAAUAUUAGCAUACAAGAAACACCAAAAGUUUACAAAAAAUAGGAUUGUGGUAGGGAAAGAAAAAACACGUUUGAUAAAGUUCUUUCCAAUAACUAUAUUUGUUUUCAGAACUUAAAAUUCAUACUCAUUAGAUAUCACACUGAUAUUAUAAAACCAAAAUUUUAUGAAAAGAUAACUAGAAAACAUCAAAGUAUUUAGAUCCAACCAAACCAAUUAUCUAACAGUUAUGCUUCUUGUGUCUAUUCAGUGCAAGGCAGUUCUUAGACACUGUUAGCUGAGAAAGCAAUUACCUAUAGAAAAUCUUAUAUGACAGGUUCUACUCACAAUUUUCCAAAAACAAAGAUUUUCAUAAAUUCAUGCUAAUAAGAGAGUGAAAUAAAGUGAAAUUCAUUUGUUUCUUUAUUAGAUAUGAUUUAUUAAGUACCAGUGCAUUUCAGGAACUGAGCAACAGAAGUUCAGAGACUAAAGGCCACAGUUUCACCAUAGAAAACCUGGUAGCCUCAAAUAUUAGAGGUUCUUCCAAACUCUUCCUACUAGGCAUGGGAAGUAUCUGAUCAUUGCUGCAGGCAGUUGUCCACCAAUAGGAAUGCCACUGCUUAGAAAGCUGGAAAUUCAACAUAGAAAGCAAGAGCAAGUAUUCGCAUCAAAUGGUGCUGACCCCCACCUCCCCAGAGGAAGCUGAAUGUUUUGAAGGGGGACUUGGGGACUUUGAGUAUGGGUUCACUGGUUUUGAGUAUGUAAAUCUGGACUAGCCGUGAAGACAUAGGAGCUCUAAAGAAGGUUUUCCUCCAGCUUUCUCCUCUCUGAACCCCUGCCACCACAGAGGCCAGGCAAGCAGUUGGCCUCCUUCUCUGUCAUUGUGUGGAGCAGCAAUGCCAUAGGACAAGUCAUGGCAUCACAUCUAUUUGAAGACAAGAAGGUCCUUCCACUUAUGGGGGAAAAAAAGGGAAGGAAUGUCUUUAAAGGACAGCUUUACUUCUCAAUGGUUGCCAAACACACUCUGACUCCCCCAACCCCUUGUUUCCCUCAAAGAUGCUGCAAAGCUGUUCUUGGGUUGUUGUGAAUAUUUUUCCAAGGCAUCCAGGACUACACAGUUGUUCUUUGCUUUUGAAACCCUGAGAUAGCCAUAAGAAUUUGCCUUCGCACAUCCUUGAAAGCUUGCUCAUUGUAGGAUGAACUUUAGAAAUAAUCCUUUCUCUGAAUCCAACAUUCCCAUUUAACUGACAUUAUUCUACUCAACAUUGAGUCAACUAACCCCUAAAGAAAGCAAUGGGUAGUCUCUCACUGGAGUCUGGAUGCAAGGGAUGCCAGGGGCCAGGCUGCCUGCAUAGGUUUCAUAGUGAUGGAGAUGAUGGAAUGGUAAUGAUGCUGUCAAAUGAUAAGAUGGAUAUAGAGACAACUUGAAUGAAAUUUUGAUGUGCGAGACAUUUAAAAAGCAUUUAAUAUUCUAGCCUAUUUGAAAUUUUAAAUGAGACAAUCAACUGUGUGUAAAUUCCUUAGUACAGUGACUGAAUCAUACCCCAUCCGGGUACUCAUGUUCUUUUGUUGCAGUAUCUUUACACUCUAAUGCCUUCAUCGAUAUCACUCAUGAAUGCUACAUUUUUACUAGAAAAUAUUUUUCAGAAGAAAGGCUGGUGGGAAUAUAGUCCCAAUUAUUACAUGAUAAAAUCAAGCACUUUCUCAAUUGCUCUUUUACUAUGUACCUGUCCACAGUGAAGCAUGGUUAUGUUUUUUCCAUCAAAAUGUGGAAGAGAAGGAGCAUUGGAAUGAACAGCAAGAAUGCUGGUUCCCAGUGGAGAGGCUGUGGAAGCCCAUUGGACAAAGAGUGCUAAAUGUUGUAACAUUCUCUUGAUAGGUGAUUUAUAGGAGGUAACAAGCGGGAGGACUAGCUAACUAUGAAAGGAAACUCUACUGUGGAAUUAUGGUACUGGACAAUACCCUUGAAGCAAAUAGGACUUCUCUCAGAAGAGAGUUCUGGAAAACUUUGAUCCCAGUCUUCAACAGCAUUGUCCUCAGCAUCUGUGCAGGAAAAGUGUAUUUUGGCAUAGUAUCAUAGAUGCAAGGAGAUAUAAUUGCACAGAUUCUAAGAUGUUUAUAACAAGAGGAGACUUCAAUUACCCAGAAGACCCACCUCUCUUUUAGAUCAGGAAGCAGAAGCUCAGAGGGCAGGAGCUGCUACCAGGUCCCUAAGCAAUUACAUGAGAGAUUGAUUGACGGAGUAAACAUAGACCCCAGGUCUCUUGACCCCUGGUCCAUAUGUUGGAAAAAACAAAGCAAUGCUAUUGAGCCCAGAAAAUAAAUGGAACCUUAUUGCUUCCUUGAGAAACUGCUGAACUGGAUAUAUUUUUUAAGAUGACUUCUCAUCUCUGGAAUGGAAUCGUUGCUCCAUGUCUUGGAAAACGACAGUGUUCCUUCUAACAAAUGUCCGUGGUCAUCUAAAGGCCUAGCCAAACCUUCUGUUGCAGGGUACUAUUGAGAAAAGAAGGAAGACACCCCUUAGCCAGGGGUGCUCCUGCUCUCCAUGCCUCUGACUGCUCCUGCUCCUUCCUCUCCGCGUCCUGCCCAAAUCGGAGAUCGGACUGUUUCAUCAUUUUGGUCCUUCACUCAGACUUGUACAGCUCACUCAUACCUCAGUUGUUCUCAGUUAUAGGCCAAAUGCUUAAGACUUCUCUGUGGGUUUAAGAAAGUGGAAUAUUAUUUCUUUGGGGAUCUGUAUUGCCGCAUAAAGUCAGCUGUAUCAAAGGAGUCCCUUUGCAUUGGGAUCUCUGGGUCUCAUCUGAGCCUGGCCUGGUUCCUCCUACAUUUUCCAAGAGGAUCUCCAAGCCUACCAGGUCAUUGCCAGGUACCCUACAGCCUUAUGUUUGUGCAUCUAGGAUAUUACUCUGGGGAGUAAACGCUCGUCUUAUGACUUCUACGUGGCUCUCUGCAGUAAGCUUCCACUUUUGUUGUGCCUCUCCCAACAGUCUGUGAGACACAGUGGCAAGAUGUCUAAGCUCUCCCCAGGAUCAAGCUGAUCCAAAAGCUCCCAAGAGAAUCAAAAGGAAAGGUGAUCAAGUUCCAAGAUGGCAUUACUUGACGGAAUAGUUGAAAAGACUGUUGUUCUGUCUAAUAUUUUUUCCUCCAAAAUAGCAAUCUUUUGAGAUUAAGUAUCAGGAGAAAAAAGUAAUUUUCAUAUAGUCAAGAGCCAGUUCUAUAGAACCUAAUAAUGACUUCAAAUUCAUCAGCCAAAACCUAGCCCAGUGCUUAAUAACUUAUUUGUAAUUCCUCUUAUGCUUGCCACACAGUCUGUAAUGGGAAUUUAAGAGUAAUGAACGAUGGGGACAUGUUUUAUUUUGAAUGCUCCAUUUUCCUCCUCUGCCCUUGAGCCUGGGGUCCAGGAAAGGAUGAAAAACUUACCCUAAGCUCUCCUUGUGAGGUGCAGGACAAGUGACAGCUGUCACUGAUGACUGUCCCAGCCACUCUGCAAGCCUAUGAUGGGCAUAUUAUUGUGUCCAUAUUAUAGGCAAGGAAACUGAAGCUGAGAGAAGAAACAUCUGGCCAAAGGUCACAUGUCACAGGAGAAAGACCUGGGAUUUUACCCAAAGCCAUGAACCUCCCAAAGCUCAUUUUGCCCUCACCCCAUCUCAGCUCUCCUGGGGCAGUAGAAAUGCUUCUAAGUCAGGUCCUGUGUCCUCCCAAAAGUCCUUGCUGUCCUCUGUGUAGUCAGCUUCCCAGUAAAAUGACCGCAGGCCACAGAUCCCCAGGAGAGAAGAGAGGUGGUGGUCAGCUGUUCCCUUUGGCUAUUCAGCAGAUCAUUAAAUGGUUUCUCAAUCCAGCUGUCAGAGGCAGAAAAGAUGGUACAUCAAUUAUUCACCUGAUUCACAUUUGGAAUCCAUUAGCCUGUAGUACUUUCUGGCUUCAGAUAUCCCCACAAAACACCCUCUGUCCUCUGUCCUCUGUCCCAAGGAUCUCCUGUCACUGUUUGUAUCCAAAUGAGUUUAGCUGUCUCCCAGUCUCUCUUGACUCCAUCUUUUGUCUCUGGACUGUACCUUUAUUUCAGAGCUUUGAAAUCCUGCAGAAACAAGUAAGUCUUUAAAAAUGGUUCUCUGGGAGGCAGAAAGCUCAAAUCAAUUGUCUGUAUUCCUCUGUAUUAAAAGACUAGGGUUCUGCAUGGAAGCCAACCAGAUCUGCUGAUUGGGGCCUCCUGCACCCCACUGAAUAAAGUUCCCAUGGAGGGGAGAUCAGCUCAGCCCUCCAACCACCCCAGAAGGCUAGGAGCCCGGGUGGUGGGCCAGGUACAGGCUCUGGGUAUCCCUUCAGCUUGCUGGCAGACCUGGAGCUGUUGGAGAGGUGCACAUGCCAUGUGACUACAACAGCCAGAGUGGGAGGGUAGGCAGAUUUCAUCAGAUUAACAGUCCUUCCUUUUCAAAGAGAUGAACUCUCCCUUGUGUCAAGUGGGUAUGUUCCCUUUUCUCCCCUCAGUCAAAGGUGGCAGUGAUGGAAAAGACCAAUCAUGGAAGAGCAAGCUGAGGUUUCCAGUAAUAUGAACCCGCUGUAUUUCAUUUUGGAUUGUAGUUUCUUUCACCCCUUUCUAUGGCCUAGAAUUCUGGUGCCUUGCUCCCUGGAUUUGUCUCUGUGACACGAGUAGGCUCUCCACAUUCUGGCUUACGCGGGAACACAACUCUUCCACAAGUGCCCUUUAGUGCUCUUUAUAAUAUAAUUUCCUGUGAUUUUUAAACUAUGUGUGAUUUAUAUUCUGGCUCUGUCCAACAUUUGAACAACUUUAAUAGGUUGAUUUCCAUAUAUAUUAUGCAAAUGAUUCUUACCUGAUUUUUUUAUGUUCUAUCUUAAAAUCAAUAAAGUCUGCACCACUUAUUAAUAAAUAGAGGUUCCAGUGGU